GUGCAGUGCCGCAGUAUAAACACAUGCAAUUGCGCAUGUUAUCAUACUACUUAUUGCCAAUCACUGUUUUCACAUACGCUCCCUCUCUCUCUCCCCACCACUUCCUGUCGCCGGAAAAGUCAAGAAGAUGGACGAGUCUUGGCGAAUGAGGCUAGGAUUGCCCACCGGGCUUCCCCAACCACGACACUUCCCUAACUACCCUCCACGCCGCUCCACGGAGGACGCCACCUCCCACCGCCGAAAGCCCAUUUCUUGCGACCUUCCUCACGACCCUUUAAACCCAGAAGACUUUUCCGACGUUUUUGGUGGUCCCCCUCGGACAAUUCUCUCCCGCCAAUUCUCCACCGCCUUCCCCAGAUCCUCCUCCUCUACGGGUUUCUUCUACGAGGAGAUUUUCCGGCAGCCGGAGAAGGCAGCGCCGUCCAUUGUGGGGCGGAGCGGGCGGAGCUUGCCUGAGUUCAGGAUCCCCGGUCAACAAACAACGAGUGAUCACAAUCAUCACAAACGUGAACUUAAUAGUUUCUAUGGUGAUAUCUUUGCGUGGGAGGAUGACAGCGUGGUGAGGUCAAGAUCAAGGUCAAAAACAAGUUCUUCAUCUGUGCUCAGCUCGGAGGAGCUCAGUCCUCUCCGGCCGGCCAUAUCCGGUGAUAGCAACGAUGAUGUUUCCCUUUUUGCUUCAAAGCUCAGAAUUUGGAUCUUGAAAAAUGAUCAUCAAUACCACAUACUGAAAUUGGAUCCAUCCAGGCCAUUAAAUGUCAGGUCUAGGUGGAGUUCAAGAAGAAUUGGACAUGACGAUUACCAAAGACAGCAAAAUAUGAUGCCACCAUUUGCAGGCACUCUGCCCAUUUACAAUGCUGAAAAUGACUUUCCUUUUGGGUUAAGUCGAAGAAAUGCAUCCCCUGAGACUAUUAGUCUUGAACCAAUGUCAAACGGCAGUUUGAGAGUGUCUGCCGAUGAUUUAAAACUGAACUCACCAUCAUCAGCGGUUUCUUCAGUUUGCCAGUCAGAUAGAGAGCAAACGACCCGUGAAAUUGAGGAAGAGAUUCUGAGGCAGGACGCCAUGGAACAGGACGAAGAUGAAUCCAUGAGCUCCUAUGUGAUUGAGAUCAAUUCUGAUAUCAGGGAAGGGACAUGUGAAUCAAACGGUGUUGAUGAAGCAAUUGCAUGGGCAAAAGAGAAGUUUCAAAAUAACUGCCACCAGAAUAAAUGUGGCAUGCAAGAAUAUGAGAAAGAUAAACCCACAGGAAUCACGAAAAUGUCAGACGGGCAUCAGCUUUCAGUAGGGAAUACAGAUAGUUUUGGGUCACUGGAUGAGCAACAGGAUAAGUGGGCAGCCAGAGAACAUACACAAUGCUUUGGAAACAUGGUGCAAACAGAAAUGCAAGUACUUGAUGAAAAGAUAAGGUUGUGGUCAACUGGCAAGGAAGCUGACAUCCGCCUGCUGUUAUCUUCCUUGCAUCAUAUUCUAUGGUCUGAUAGUGGUUGGUUCCCUGUACCUCUGGCAAAUAUAAUCGAGAUCCCAAAAGUGAAGAAAGCAUAUCAGAAAGCACGGUUGUGCUUGCACCCUGACAAACUGCAACAAAGGGGCGCCACACACCAGCAGAAGUACAUUGCCGAGAAAGCCUUUUCUGUCCUUCAGGACGCAUGGGCUGUGUUUAUCUCCCACGAUGUUUUCAGUCGAUGAUCUGAAGAGCUGUUUACAAAUUUACAGCCUACCAGUGAAGGAGAAGAAUCAAUAAAGCAGAGUACAUGUAAAUCUUUUGCUGUUUUAGUGCAUACAAAGAGUGCGAACCAACUAUACAUAGUAGUGUGUGUUUCUCUACUUAUCAUCAGUCGCUGUGUCUUUCCAGUGUCCAAUAAUGAAAAAGAGGAAGAAGAUGAUAAUUAUGCUACUGUUUGCUUGUGAAAUCUUUGGAUUAACUUGUGUUGAUAAGUGCUGUAGAAGUAUCUAUCGUAUUGUGAUUUGUAAAUAGUAAAUACAUGGAUGUAAUGUACCAUGCCUCUCGGUCUAAUUUUAGGCCCCGACAUUGGCCGGGGGCCUCAACCUUGUUCACGGCAGAGCCUCCAUGUGAUGUCAAUUUUUGCAAGCACUAGAUACUGUUUUUAUUUCA